AUGGCAUCGCCAGUUCUACGUCGGACGCGCUUUGUCUGCGUGUCCGACACGCACAAUACAACGCCGAAGUUACCCCCCGGUGACGUCCUAGUCCACGCCGGUGAUCUCACCAACCAAGGGAGCUACUCCGAGUUGUCACGAGCGGUGCAGUGGCUUGAGAAGGCGCCGUUCGAGGUCAAGAUUGUGAUUGCUGGGAACCAUGACAUUACGCUAGACAAGAACUUUCUCGCGGAACAUGGCGCCCAGUUCCACAACCAGAACCCUCAAUCUUACGAGGACUGCCUCUCCCUGCUCGCAGACUCCCCAACCAUAACAUACCUGGAUCACUCUUCCACAACCGUUCGUCUGCGGACAGGGGCAAAAACAACAUUCUCCAUGUUCGGAUCACCUUAUUCGCCUAAACAUGGUCUUUGGGCAUUUGGUUACGACACGCUGGUAUCGCCCACGGCGAAUAACGACCUCCCAAGGCUCUGGGACGACAUUCCGCUCGACACUGACAUCGCUGUGAGGCUCUACGCCAAGCUCUCUGGAGAAUCCGUCCACUUCUAG